GAUAAGAUGAUUAAUCGAUGAAUGAACAUCAUUAUUAACUUUAGAAAUGUUGAUACUCUAAAUUAUACAGUAUUUUUAUAACACUUAAUAUAUAAUUAAACGAAUUAUUUUUCUAGGGUGAAGAGGGUGCAAAAUAGUAUAGCAACUCACUGAUCGCCUAUUCCAUCAGUACUCUAUAUAAGAGUUACUUGUGACAUUGUAUUAGGGAUAACACCAAGAAAGUAGAAUACCAACACAUACUGAAAUUCUCCAUUCCCAUCAAUAUAUCCCUACUUCAGUUUCCAUUUGUUAUUUUGGUUUAGUUCCCAUUUCCAGAAUCAACUACCAUGAGUUGGUGGUGGAAGAGAUCUGUUGGUGAUCAUGGACAGAAUUUAGCCAAAAUAUCAGAAGAGAAUGGAGUAGUAGCUGAAGCCGCCGAUCAGAAUUACAAGAGUGUUGCUCUGAUUGUUGGAGUUACAGGCAUUGUUGGUAGCAGCUUAGCUCAAGUUCUUACACUUCCCGAUACACCAAACGGUCCCUGGAAAGUCUACGGCGUGGCACGCCGCCCUCGGCCGUCCUGGUUCGCCAAAACCCCUCUGCAGUACAUCCAGUUAGAUGUCUCAAAUACCCAAGAAACCAUUUCCAAGCUCUCUCUUCUCACCGACAUUACUCAUGUUUUCUACGUGUCCUGGAUCGGCUCUGAGGAUUGCGAACUAAACGCCGUCAUGUUUAAGAAUAUUCUUGAUUCUGUCAUCCCGAAUUCUCCUAAUCUGCAGCACAUUAGCCUGCAGACAGGGAGCAAACACUACUUUGGGAUAUUUGAAGAAGGGAGCCAGAUUAAGCCCCACGAAUCGCCCUUUGUCGAAGAUGUUCCGAGAUUGCCUGUACAGAACUUUUACCAUGACCUGGAGGACAUUCUGUAUGAAGAAACUUCUAAACAUGGUUUGACAUGGUCUGUGCAUAGACCUGCUUUAGUUUUCGGGUUUUCGCCCUGUAGCAUGAUGAACAUUGUUAGCACACUUAGUGUUUAUGCUGUGAUAUGCAAGCAUGAGAAUAAGCCAUUGGUUUAUCCAGGCAGUAAAGGGUCCUGGAAUUGCUAUGUUGAUUGUGUGGAUGCAGAUUUGAUCGCUGAGCAUCAUAUUUGGGCAACAGUGGAUCCGAAGGCCAAAAAUCAGGUGCUGAAUUGUACCAAUGGAGAUGUUUUUAAGUGGAAACACAUCUGGAAAGCGUUGGCAGAGGAAUUCGGGUUGGAAAUGAUUGGGUACAUUGAAGGAAAAGAGCAAGAGAGCAUGGCGGAGUUGAUGAAAGAUAAGGAUUCGGUCUGGUACGAGAUUGUGAAGAAGCACAAUUUGGUUCCAACUAAGUUGAAGGAAAUUGCAGCUUUCUGGUUUGCAGAUAUUGCAUUCUCUGCAGUUGAUUUGGGUCACAGCUUGUUGAGAUGGACAGGAAGCUGCUAUGGUGAUUUUGAACAUCCUGGAACGGAUUUAUGCUUUCGACAUGAUGAUAAAGAUGAGAGCCAAAACCCGGCCUAGUUUUGGACGACCACCAUUUAUACAUUCUCUUAGUGAUUCUCUUUUCCCUUAAAUCUAACCAAAAUAUUCUUGAAUGCCAAGUAUCCAGUAAAAUCAGCUUCCCCAUGGUUUCAGUGAGGGCGUGAUUGGGAAAGAAAUCUUCUCUGUUACCAUAACUUGAUUGUUUUCCUUACAUUCUUCCAGAAACCAAAUUUCUUGAUGCUGAACUCCUGGAGCAUCUUUAUACUUUUAACUUUGGAAUACAUGCCAAACGUUCUCCUAAAACCAGCAUCUGGCAACUAGCUGGGCUUUCAGUGAACUUUAGAGUUCGGAAGACUUCUUCACCGACAUCAAAAGCGACAAUAAUGUUCCCUGUCUGAAGCCAAUAAUACAUGGUAUUAUCAUGGAAAAAAA